CCCCAAGGGCCUGGUGCUGGCGCGCGGGGAGGCGGAAGGGUCGCUGUCCCGGUCCCCUCACCCACAGAACCGCCUUGGCCACCUCGGUCCUGGCAUGUACAUGAAGCUGGCAUGUGUUCCCCUCUGGCACCGGAGGCUCCACGCUGCCACGCAGCACUGCAAGGGCCGGACAGGGGCGGAGCACCAGUGGCUGACGCGGCACCUGAAGGACCCGUUCGUGAAGGCUGCCAAGGUAGACUUUUUCCGCUGCCGAAGCGCCUUCAAGCUCCUGGAGAUGAACGAGAAACACCAGAUUCUCCGUCCCGGCCUCCGCGUGCUGGAUUGUGGGGCUGCCCCUGGUGCCUGGAGCCAGGUGGCCGUGCAGAGUGUCAACGCUGCGGGCACAGACCCUAGCUCUCCCGUGGGUUUCGUGCUUGGGGUCGAUCUUCUCCACAUAGUCCCCAUGGAAGGGGCAACCUUCCUGUGCCCUGCUGAUGUGACUGAUCCAAGAACCUUCCAGAGAAUCAUAGAAUUGCUUCCUGGCAGGAAAGCAGAUGUGAUUCUGAGCGACAUGGCACCCAAUGCCACCGGGAUCCGGGACCUUGAUCAUGACAGACUCAUCAGCCUGUGCCUGGAGCUUGUGGGCAGGGCUGCGGACAUCCUGUGCCCCGGGGGCACCCUGCUCUGUAAAACCUGGGCUGGACGUCAGAGCCACCAGCUGCAGAAGAAACUGACUGAGGAGUUCCAGAAAACGAGGACUCUGAAACCCCAGGCCAGCAGGAAGGAGUCCUCCGAGGUGUACCUCUUGGCCACACAGUACCGCAGAAGGAUGGCUCCGUGAGGCAGUCAGUCUGCCCUGCCCUUCCCAUAAAAGGCCCGAGGCUCCUGGCAGCUAGGAUCAGAGCCUGAUUUGAGCAGGACCGUGGGCAGGGUCUGUGUUUUUAAACAAAAAGACAUGAAAACGUGUAUUCAAGGGCUGUGAAAAAUAAAAACAAAGCAAUAAAACAGC